ACGGUUAACCGCAAAUUAGCGGUGCCCAACAGAGCGCCACUCAACUCUUCCCCGGCUCCGCCCAGCGGAUCACUCGCUCAUCCAUGGCGGCCGUCUCUUGAGCUCCCGCUCCCCCGCGCCGGCCCCAAGCAGCCGCAGCCGCAGCCGCGAGGAUUCUGGUCAGGUGAGGGGUCAUUUCCUUCCACUGAGCUCAGUCGGUGCGCGACUCCUCGAGACCGCCGCCGCCGCCGGUUGCUCGCUCUCUCCCCGUCCACGCAUCGGUCCGGGUCGCUUGCCCUUGUUCCCCUUAUCACACACUGGCACCUGGCAGUGGGUAGACGCGCUCCACGCCUCCCGGCUCGCCUCUCCUCUCCCGCCCCCGCCCGCGCCGGAAGCUAAGAGAGCCGAGGCCAAAGAUAGGCUCCACCCUUAACCGCGGCACCGCCUCUCUGGCCCCCGCCCGUCAGGAACUCAAUUUCUGUCAGUCGAGAUGAACAGGCCAUCGAGUUUCAUGCCUACUCCUGAUCAGGAUGUUUUAGAUGUCAAGCCUUUGAGGACAUUGGCUCCCAUGUUCCCUGCACCCUUGGGUGUCAAUACAUAUAACCACUCAACCUCCCCACCAUUGAUAUUUGUCACUCCUGCUGGGCAGUUUCAAGGGGGGUUUGGUGAUUGGAACAAUUCUGCUGCCAAGUCAUUUUUCGCUUUUGGCAGCAAGGAUGCUUGUGUAGGCAAGGAUCAUACCUUUGGUGAUCAGAAUGCUGAUGAUGGCAAGGCUGCCACUUUUGGUGAUCAGAGUGUUGAUGAUGGCAAGGCUGACACUUUUGGUGAUAAGGAUGCUGCUGGCAGCCAGAAUGCUGAUAUUGGUGAUCAGGAUUGUGCUGGAGGCCAGCCUGCUGCACAUUGGUCUUCAGAUGUGAGUGCCAAUGCUAACGGUCCCAUUGACGUCACUCCUAUUUCAGCUUACAGGGCAACAGAGCCUAGUGUUAUCUCACUGGAUGAUGAUGAUGAUGAUGAUGAUGACAACGAUGAGAAUUAUGUUGCUAACCAUACAUCAGCAUCUGGAAGGAAGAUUAAGAGGCCAUCCCGACUAAGCGGAUAUAAUAUGAACGAUGGCUUGGGCACUGACAGCUCCAGUAGCAUGAAGAUUAAACGCCCCAAACCCUCUCACAAGAAAACUUCUGCUGACAAUGAGCACGCCAUGGUGCCUCCAUCCGGUGAUCCCAGGGAAAUUGUGGAGGCAGUUCUCAUGACAUUUGAGGCCCUGCGGCGUAGGCAUCUUCAAAUGGAUGAGGCACAAGAGACUAGCAGACGUGCUGACCUGAAGGCUGGCGCCAUCAUGAUGGCAAGUAAUCUCAGGGCCAACACUGGGAAGAGGAUAGGGGUUGUUCCUGGAGUUGAAAUAGGGGAUAUUUUCUACUUCAGGAUGGAGCUAUGUGUUGUUGGGCUGCAUAGUCCUAGCAUGGCCGGAAUUGAUUAUAUGACUGCCAAGUUUGGUGAUGUGGAUGAUUCUGUUGCAAUAUGUAUUGUUGCUGCAGGUGGUUAUGACAAUAACGAUGAUGACACAGAUGUGCUGGUUUACAGCGGUUCAGGAGGUAAUAGCAGGAACAAUGAGGAGCGGCAUGACCAGAAGCUUGAGAGGGGUAACCUGGCUCUUGAGAGGAGCCUGUCCAGAAAAAAUGUAAUACGGGUAGUAAGGGGCUAUAAGGAUCCAGGUUGCUUGACUGGGAAGGUCUAUAUUUAUGAUGGCCUCUAUAGGAUUCACGAGUCAUGGAAGGAGAAAACGAAGACUGGAAUAAUUUGUUUCAAGUACAAGCUGCUGCGAGAGCCAGGACAACCUGAUGGUGUUGCAAUUUGGAAGAUGUCCCAGAAAUGGGUAGAGAAUCCAGCAACAAGAGGCAAUGUUUUACACCCUGAUCUAUCUUCCGGUGCAGAAAAUCUGCCAGUGUUUCUUGUUAAUGACGUUGACAGUGAUAAAGGACCACACCAUUUCACCUAUAUUACUCAGGUCAAACACUCAAAGCCCCUCAGUUCUAUGAAUCAUUUACAGGGCUGCAGAUGUCUUAGUGUUUGUCUGCCUGGUGAUGCCAACUGCUGUUGUGCACAGCGUAACGGAGGCAACUUACCAUACAGCUCAUCGGGACUGCUUGUCUGCCGCAAGCCUAUGGUUUAUGAAUGUGGUGAAUCCUGUCGGUGUUCAUUCAAUUGCCGUAACAAGGUGACCCAGAAAGGAGUUAGGAUCCACUUUGAGGUCUUUAAGACCGGAAAUAGAGGCUGGGGUCUUCGUUCAUGGGACCCUAUACGAGCUGGUUCAUUUUUAUGCGAGUAUGUUGGUGAGGUUAUUGAUGGUGCUAAAUGUGAUUUGAAUAAUCAUGAAGAUGAUUAUAUGUUUCAGACAUUGUGUCCUGGUGAGAAGACUUUAAAAUGGAAUUAUGGACCUGAAUUGAUAGGGGAGCAAAGCACAAAUAUUUCAUCAGACACCUUUGAGCCUCUGCCCAUUAAACUAAGUGCAAAAAAAAUUGGAAAUAUCUCGCGUUUCAUGAACCAUAGUUGUGCUCCCAAUGUAUUCUGGCAGCCAGUUCAGUUUGAUCAUGAAGAUGAACGUAACCCGCAUAUCAUGUUCUUUGCAUUGAAACACAUUCCUCCCAUGACAGAGUUGACUUAUGAUUAUGGUGACAUUGGAACUAAUUCUAGUGGUGUUCCUAGAGCUAAGAACUGCCUUUGUGGAUCCUCAAACUGUCGGGUUUUUUUUAUCUAACUACGGAAGAUGUGCAUUCUAUCUAUCAACAUUACCAGCAGUUAGAUCCUUUUUGUUGAUCUGAAAGUAAAAGGAGGACUGUUUUGAAUGGUUUGCGUCAAAGACUGCCAUUGUGGAAUCAUUAAUUUAAUUAAUGUCCUGUUUUUAUAAAUGACUGUUCCCGCACAACUGUGCCUUCUGCAAGUGACUUAGGUCUUGCGGGAUCAAUUUUGUAUAGUUUGCAGUAGUGCUGCUAAUCAUGUGGGCGCUUCCAUCUUUUGGCCCUUUGGGGUAAGUCUAGCUUAGCCCUUGGUGGUCAAUUAUGAAUUAAGUAUGCAAGAUAUUCUGAAUUACUGCUGGUAUGCUGACAUGCGGGGUCAUUAUGCUGGUGUUUUGAUUGUUC